GUCUCUGAGGCGGCGGUUCUGGGAUGGAUUCGCGGCGGAGGCAGGAGGGCAUCCUCCGCUUCCACAGCUUCCUCGUGCAAGUAUAUGAGGAAGGAAAGCAGAACAAUACAACUGGCCCUUCUACUUUUGAGACUGACCUACAAGUCCAUUUGAUCAAUGAAGGCCAUACAAAUCCCUUAGAAAAGCUUUGGGACCAAAAUGGAAGAUUUUUUGUUGUAGAGAAACUGAGAUCAUAUGAAGAAACCAGCAGCCUGAAAGUAUGUCAAAAUGGUGAACCUUCAGUUUCCGAGGCUUUCCCAAAAGAAAAUUUUUCAGCAUCUCCUUUGGCCCUUUCAAGAGCAAGGCAAUUGAUUUCUUUCUACACAAUGUCUCAAAAUCCAAACAUGGAACAUCUACAAAUAAACCAUGCAGUGCAAUUUCCUCCGCUCUGGGUACGAUGUGAACCUUCUGACCCAAAACAGAUUAUUUGGCUUGGAGCAGAACCUUCGAGGAAUGGAAAUAACCUUUUGGGAAUCAAGCUUCACACUGUUACAUGCAGUGGUCCUGUGUCAAAUAGUAAUUAUUCUAUUGACUUGGAGAAAUUGAAAGAAAAACAUAGAAUGAGACAUCAUGCUUCAGAUUUGACAAUAACAGGCUUUGCCCGUUAUGAAUUUCUUGAAUCCACUUCACUGGACUCCUUGACUCAGGAGGAUUCUCUUAUUCCAUUGGAGAGAAAUAUAUAUGCAGAUUUUUCUUGGGAGGGUGUGAAAAUGAUGCUGCAAACCCCUCCCCUCUCCUCUGCUGCUCUGCUGACCCUUCAGAUGGCCUCUGGGAGCCCCUUGAGUUCUGUAUAUGAGCAAAACAGAGAAUUGCAGUUUCUCUUGAGUUUGGCUGAGACGUUGAAGAAUGGACUAACAAAAUGUCCGAAGAGUCUGGGAAGAAAAUCUGCUGUUGAACUAGUGCAGAAACUUUUGAAAGACUUAAAAGAUGAUGAUACUGAAAAUGAAGAUGAUACUGAGGAUAACACUACAACAAUCAAUGGUUCCAUGAAAACACAUUUUAGUCAGCGCAGAGACCUUGAUUUCCUUGAACUGCUGUGGUGCAAUAUAUGGAGAAAUGUUGCUUCGCAUGAGGAACUGGUGAAGUGUUUUUCGUUGGUAAUAAGAGCCCUUCAGCAUGGAGAACUGCAGACAUGGAUUCAUCAAGAAAGUAACAGUUUACUGAGCAAAUUGAUCAAGCAGUCUUAUCAUGGAAAAAUGGAAACAGUUUCUCUUGAUGGAGAUUCUCCCAUUCAGAUGCUUCUAGAAAUAGGCAUGGAUAAAAUGAAGAGAGACUAUAUCAGCUAUUUUGUGGGCAAAGAAUUUGCCAUACGGACUCAUUUGGACUACUUCAUGUCCACUUCAGUAGGUCUUCAGGAACAGGCUCAUCGUAUCCAGAAACUACACCACAUGUUGGAAAUUGUGGACAACUGCAUGAAUCUUAUCAAACUAGAGCAAGAGAACCUCAUCUUUCUCACACAAUCUUGUAUCAAUUAUUAUAAAGAAAAUCCUCUGAAUGAAAAGCAUGCAUUUCAGCUACCAGUCAGGACAAGUUUGUUGAAGGAAUUUUACCAAAAUGCUCAUCCUCAGAUAUGGAGAGUGGCAAUCAGCAGCGGUCAAGGACCAAAAAGGGUGAAAACAAUAUGGCAACUUAGCAGCACCUCUCCAACUGCACACCUGCAGCCAGCCAAUGGAGAUUCACUGGAUGACACCAAAGUCUGUGGCAACGAAGGGAAGCAUUUUAUCACUCUUUCUGAGUGCUCUCAAGUGGACUUCAUCAAAUGAAUGUGCAAUUCAUGAUUCUUUUCUACACCCAGAAAGAGUUGCAUUGUUGUGCUUGCUGCAUUUGUUGAAAUUCUUUAGCUGAGGGCAGGUUGAAAGGAAAAGCGCAUUUUAGUGGACAGCAGCCAUAACUGCCCUUGAUGGAUGCUUCCUUCCCCAUCAAAGGAGGAAAGCUCAGAAAUUCCUUACUGCUCCGAGUAACAAAAAACAGGUGAGAGAUGCAGCAAAAAGGCUUCUCUUCUUUUGUUAACGACAUUAAUAAAGGCAAUUC